AGCGCGAUAAUCUCCUGCAUGAUCGUCGCUACUUGUGUCAUGGAUACGUUCAAGCUCGCCAGGAAACUGAUGGGGUCCUGAGCAGGUUUUUUGGUGUGAUUGCUCGCUUGCCGCGAUGAUCGCCGGGGGGCGGCAGCUUGGGCGGGAGCUGACUGGUUUUGGAUGGAUGUGCGGGUGGGAUUGUGCAGGACAAGAGUGAGGUUGAUGACCGCGACUGCGAUCAUGUGUGGCGGGUACAGAAGACACAAUUCAGAUCGAUAUGUAUCGUUUAUGAUGAACCAUGCCAUCUGGAGGGCCGGUCCUGGUAAUUCAAGCUUACCCUCCCCGGUACCCCAAUAGCGGGGUCCAUCGUUAACACCUACACCUAGCUCCCCUGCCUCCGUGUCGAAAUCGCUUGAGCUUCCUUCUUUACAACACAAAGUCAUGAGUGUUCGGUAGGGGUGAAAGAUCGUCAUGUCGCAUUCCAGAUCAUCCACGAGGUAGAACUCCAUCUCCGCAAGCUUUGAGUUGUCAGACGGGAACGUCUUGAUGCCAUACAUGUCCUGACUGAAGACCGACCUAGCUUCCGACACAACAUUCUUGAUGUGCACAGGUGAUUCCUCCGCCUUGCUCGCCACAUAGCAGCACGCAGCUAUGACCAAGAAGGGAUCGGUUUCACAAUACGAGUUCUUGAGGUAAAAGCGACGGAAAAACACGGUGGCCGUCGCGAUGACACGCUGCCUGAGCCCUAGUUUCUUGCCCAGCUUGGAUAUGGCAUUGGCGAAAAAAAUGCCGAGAAAAUCGAGAUAUUCAGGGUCGUCGACAUAUUGCCGGUCCUCCGCUCGCGCCCUUUGUACAGCGGCGCGGUCCACAAUCCAUCGCUUGUAAUGCGAGCUCGCCCAAAAGUCGGUCGCCAUCGACGUCCGCAAGAAACACGGACCUAAAAUACGCCUGGGAGGCCGCUGCUCUUGAGAGUUUCGAUUCCGAACCUGUCUCGGAACGGAGAGGGAUCGGGUAAAAGCGCGGGGCAAGUCGGCGAACGCAACGUUCCUGCUUUCUUACCGCCACCACCACCGCGCACGACGACGACCAAGAUGCUCGCUCGCUCUGCUAUCCGCACGCUCUCGUCGCAGAGCCGUAUGUUCUCUUCCUCCGCCUCGCGGCAAUUCAAGGUUGCCGUGCUCGGUGCCGGCGGAGGAAUCGGACAGCCGCUCUCGCUGUUGCUCAAGCUCGACCCGCUUGUCACUGAGCUGAACCUUUACGAUAUUCGCGGUGCCCCUGGUGUCGCCGCCGAUGUUAGCCAUGUUGACACCAACAGCGAGGUGAAGGGCUUUGCUGCUGAUAAACUUGACGAGGCCUUAGAUGGCACUCGCGUUAUCGUCAUCCCUGCUGGUGUCCCCAGAAAGCCUGGUAUGACCCGUGACGAUCUCUUCAACACGAAUGCUUCUAUAGUUCGUGACCUUGCUGCUGCAAUUGGCCGCGUCUCCCCGCAAGCCUGCAUCUGUGUCAUCUCCAACCCCGUCAACUCCACCGUCCCCAUCGUCGCUGCCACCCUCGAGAAGCAAGGCGUCUUCGAUCCCAAGCGCCUCUUCGGUGUCACUACCCUCGAUGUGGUCCGUGCAGCCCGCUUCCUCGGCGGCAUCCAGGGCGUCGACCCCAAGCAGACGCCUGUCACUGUCGUCGGUGGUCACAGCGGUGCCACUAUCGUGCCCCUCCUCUCGCAGAACUCCCACGGUAAGGGCCUUAAGGGCGAGACGUACGAAAAGCUGGUACACAGGAUCCAAUUCGGUGGUGACGAGGUUGUGAAGGCCAAGGAUGGCGCUGGAAGCGCUACGCUCUCCAUGGCGUACGCUGGUGCCCGCUUCACCAACUCUGUGUUGAGGGGUCUGAACGGCGAGAAGGGCCUUGUCACGCCUACCUUCGUGAAGAGCCCGCUCUUCGCUGACCAGGGCGUUGACUUCUUUUCGUCCAACGUCGAGCUCGGCCCCAACGGUGUUGAGAAGAUCCAUCCUAUCGGCCCCAUCUCGCCCGAGGAGGAGAAGCUCCUCCAGGCCUGCCUGCCUGACCUCAAGAAGAACAUCGAGAAGGGCAAAGCCUUCGUCGCUCAGUCAUAAAUUGACGUUGUAGCUACAAAAUUCACGUGUAGUGGACAUGUGCUACGGUGUGUUGUAGAUGACUCGCGUCUCUAGAUCACUGCCUUCCAAUGCUAGAGUGGUGUCUUGGAAGGAAGACGAUG